CUUGGGAUGGCGAUGAAGCGUGUUUGGGGCCACAGCGUACACAGUAGCCACGGCUGGUGCAGGGCAAACCUGCCUCUGCCUUGGCACCCCUCCCGAGGUCGUCGUUCCCGCCUCCCCUACCCCCCCUGGCAGCCAGGCCCAGUGCGAGUUCCAGGCUGCCAGGCUGCCUGCCUGCUGCCCCUCGCCAGCCAGCAAGUGCCCAAUGCUCCUAGCUUGCUCGGUUGCUCACCUCAUCAUCCGUUCACAGCUGGUGGUGCAGGCACAGUACAUCUCGCCGGGGGGAGGGGGGCAGGUGGGCGGGCUGGAACAUACCCACUCCUCCUUCACAACUGCCACCUCCAACCACCCCCCGUCCGACAUUUUUGACGCCUUCCAUCCAACAGCGACUCGCCCUCGCUGCCCGCACGUUGCUGCACCCAUCCGCAUCGAAACCCGCCGCCAACAAAGUUGCAGCUGCCCGCUCCAAAACCUCGCCCCUUCACCGGCACCACUGUCCUCCCAGUAUUUGACACGCCUGACCUGGUCGCGGGAUUGGUUCGAGCAUUCUGGCAGAGCGGGGGCCCGAGAGAGCACAGCCUCAACCCGCCUGCGUCGCCGCCCUUGAACCAUACCAAAUCGUCAUUGUCAGCAAUCUAGCGCCCGUCCAUCCUACAAUCCUCGCCUGGCUACUCCUUUUCCAACAGCUGGACUCCUGAGCCAUUUCUUUUUGGGCCCGUUCAGUUGCUUGGAUCCCUCCAUCGCCUUUGUUCUUUUGAUUUUCGAGAGGAGGUCGCCGACAACAGCAGGACAACCUGCUGCCACCGCAAAGAUGAGUCGCCGAAACGACUCCGGCCUUCCUGCCAACCAGCCCAAUCUCCGAGUGACGAUUAUCGCCGCUGACGGGCUUUACAAACGCGAUGUAUUUCGCUUUCCCGACCCGUUCGCCGUCGCCACCAUCAGUGGUGAACAGACGCAGACAACCGCCGUUUCCAAGAGGACGCUCUGCCCCUACUGGAACGAGAGCUUCGACUUUAAAGUAAACGAGGACAGCAUCUUGGCGGUGCAAGUCUUUGAUCAAAAGAAGUUCAAGAAGAAGGACCAAGGCUUCCUGGGCGUUAUCAACAUUCGCAUCGGCGAUGUGAUAGAGCUUGCUCCUGAUGCCGAUGACCAGAUGCUUACCAGAGACCUGAAGAAAUCCACCGAUAAUCUCGUCGUCCAUGGAAAAUUGAUAAUAAACUUAUCUACCAACCUGUCUAGCCCGCCAAGAGGGCAGGCGGCUAGCAACCGCCCCCCAAUGGGUAGCCCUCACCCUGCCGGUGCAGGUUCACUCAACCCCGAUCGCUCGUCCGAACGACCGACCUCAGCCAUGGGCACACCAAGCGGCAGCACCAACGGGAACCCAGCAAAUCUCCCCCACCGACCUGCCAGCAUGACCGCACCGUCUGCGUCGCAGCCAGCCUCGAACGGCGGCGCUCAGCAGCGAGGAAAUAGCACGUUGAGUCCCUUCGAGGAUGCACAAGGCCGUCUGCCACCCGGCUGGGAGCGCCGGGAGGAUAACCUGGGUCGUACUUACUACGUUGAUCAUAACACGCGGACAACGAGUUGGAACAGGCCUAGCGCCAGCGGCGCGGUCAAUUCAGCGAGGCAGGAGGAGUCUACACAAGUUGAGCGACAGAGGCAUCAGAACCGUACUCUGCCUGAAGAUAGGACUGGCUCUAGCUCCCCUACGCUGCAGGCCCAGCAGGCGGCGCAGAAUGCGAAUGCGCAGACAAUGAUGCACACGGGGGCUACGAGCCCCGGGACCGGCGAGCUCCCACCCGGGUGGGAGCAACGGUUCACGCCCGAGGGACGGCCUUACUUUGUCGACCACAACACCAGGACUACGACGUGGGUGGAUCCUCGGAGGCAGCAAUACAUCAGGAUGUAUGGGGGUCAAAACAAUGCCAGUGGCACUAUCCAGCAGCAACCCGUGUCUCAACUCGGGCCGCUUCCGAGCGGUUGGGAAAUGCGGCUUACAAACACUGCUCGAGUUUAUUUCGUCGACCACAACACCAAAACCACAACUUGGGACGACCCACGGUUGCCGUCCUCAUUGGAUCAGAAUGUACCGCAGUACAAGCGUGACUUCCGGCGCAAGCUCAUCUACUUCCGGUCCCAACCGGCCAUGCGCAUCCUCUCCGGGCAAUGCCACAUCAAAAUUCGCCGAUCACAUAUUUUCGAGGAUUCCUUCGCGGAGAUUUCGCGCCAGUCUGCUACUGACCUCAAGAAGCGCUUGAUGAUAAAGUUCGACGGCGAGGACGGUCUCGACUAUGGCGGUCUGUCUCGAGAAUUCUUCUUCCUACUCUCUCACGAGAUGUUCAAUCCCUUCUACUGCCUCUUUGAGUACUCGGCACACGACAACUACACACUUCAGAUCAACCCCCACUCAGGCAUCAAUCCUGAGCAUCUUAAUUACUUCAAGUUCAUCGGCCGCGUGGUAGGCCUGGCCAUCUUCCACAGGCGUUUCCUCGAUGCAUUCUUCAUCGGCGCUUUGUACAAGAUGAUUCUCGGCAAGUCCGUGGUACUGGCAGACAUGGAGGGCGUGGAUGCGGACUUCCACAGAUCGCUUCAGUGGAUGCUGGACAACGAUAUUUCGGGUGGCAUUUUGGAGCAAACGUUUUCCACAGAGGAUGAGCGUUUCGGUGUGAUUACUGUCGAGGAUCUCAUCCCAGGCGGCCGCGACAUUGACGUCACCAACGACAACAAGAAGGAGUAUGUCGAUCUGAUGGUCAAGUGGCGCAUUGAGAAACGCAUCGCGGAGCAAUUCCAGGCCUUCAGGGAGGGCUUCCAUGAGCUCAUUCCUCAGGACCUCAUCAACGUGUUCGAUGAGCGUGAGCUCGAGCUACUCAUCGGAGGUAUCGCCGAGAUCGACGUGGAUGACUGGAAGAAGCACACCGACUACCGUGGUUACACAGAAAGCGACGAGGUGAUCCAGUUCUUCUGGCAGACGGUUCGCAGCUGGGAUGGAGAGCAGAAGAGUCGACUCCUGCAGUUCACAACUGGAACAUCACGGAUCCCAGUCAAUGGAUUCAAGGAUCUGCAAGGAAGCGAUGGGCCACGCAGAUUUACCAUUGAGAAGGCGGGUGAGGUCAACAACCUGCCAAAGGCCCACACAUGUUUCAACCGGUUGGACUUGCCACCAUACAAGUCUCUUGAGCAGCUGCAGCAGAAACUCACCAUUGCGGUCGAAGAGACCAUGGGUUUCGGACAAGAAUAAACAUAUGAGUGCCGCACUUGAAUUGAGAGGAGAAGGUGUCUGAGGCGGUUCCAAGACGAUUCCAAGGCGGUUGAAAUGCGGACAGCAAAUGAUGGCCCUUCUGGAGUGUGUCCCUGAUUAAAGGGAAGUGGAGCGUGUGAGAGGACGCUACAAUUACUACCGGAGGCGUUCAGGCGUCAAUGGACCGAGGCAGAGCAUGUUUUAUUUGUAGUAGGGAGACAUUGGCAAUCAUCCACGCAGUACUUUGGAGAGAACAAGGAUGGUGUUUUUUUAUCACACAUUUUUAGUCGGGACUGGACAUCAGUCUCCACAAAGUCUGUCGUUUAUAGCAAAGCUGUUUCGAGGGACAAACUGGGCGGAUCCAAGGGCAGGCAUUCUUAAGCUUCAGGAAUUAUAAACGCUGUACUUCC